GAAUGUAGAGAGGCCCCGCCCUUCCGCACCAGGCCGCGGGGGCUGCCCCUCCCGAGAUCCCAGGCGGUGCUCCUUCUCGGACGGCGCUGGAGGCCCUGGCUGUGGCGGCCCACGGGGCCCAUGGCGCUGCCCGCCUGGCUGCAGCCCAGGUAUAGGAAGAAUGCCUAUCUUUUCAUCUACUACUUAGUCCAGUUCUGUGGCCACUCAUGGAUAUUUACAAAUAUGACAGUCAGAUUCUUUUCAUUUGGAAAAGAUUCAAUGGUUGACACUUUUUAUGCUAUUGGACUUGUGAUGAGACUUUGCCAGUCCCUCUCCCUCUUGGAGUUGCUGCACAUAUAUGUUGGCAUUGAAUCAAGCCAUCUUCUUCCUAGGUUCCUGCAGCUCACAGAAAGAAUAAUCAUCCUUUUUGUGGUGAUCACCAGUCAAGAGGAAGUCCAAGAGAAAUAUGUGGUGUGUGUUUUAUUCAUCUUUUGGAAUCUAUUGGAUAUGGUUAGGUACACGUACAGCAUGUUAUCGGUCCUGGGCAUAUCCUAUGCCGUCCUGACGUGGCUUAGUCAGACACUGUGGAUGCCGAUUUACCCUUUGUGUGUUCUUGCUGAAGCGUUUGCCAUCUAUCAGUCACUGCCGUAUUUUGAAUCAUUUGGCACUUACUCCACAAAACUGCCCUUUGACUUAUCCAUCUAUUUCCCGUAUGUGCUGAAAAUAUAUCUCAUCAUGCUCUUUAUGGGUAUGUAUUUUACCUACAGUCAUCUUUACUCAGAAAGAAGAGACAUCCUCAGAGUCUCUUCCAUGAAAAAGAAGAAAACGUGAGGCACACUGUUCUGAUGUGACACAAGACAAAACAGGCCUUAUGGAUUCUGCUGCGGCAAAGUCAACACAGGAAGAAUUCUGGUGGGAAAGUACCCAGUAUUUGACAACAACCUGUGACAGCAGUCUUCGAUUCUCACACAUUAUAUUUUCAAAAUGUAUACUCUGAACAAUGUGUUUCUCUAAAGCUGUGGAUUUUGUACAAGUUAAAUUUAUAUUGUAUGAAGGCUGAUUAUUUUGCUGUAAGGGUAAUGAGAAAUAGAUUAACUAGAGUAGAUUCAAUUAAAUUGAGAAACCAAGGCUGUUAAUCUAACUUACAUCUAUUUCUUUCACUUCUGGAUUUGCAAGUAGCAGCAGAUCCAUAGGAGGGCAGUGAUGUGAGACACGCUCUGCAGUUGUCUAGAAUAACAUAUUUUAGUUAUUUUAGUGUUCAAAGAGAACAGGUGCCCUUUACAAACUUUAGGUGACUUAGUCUACUUUCCUCCAAUACGCUGCUGAAAUACACAUCUGGAGUCACCAAAAUGAAGAUAAAGAACUAGAGAAACUACACUUAACUGGGUCAUUAUAAGAAAUUAAAAUUUCAUUACUAAAUAAUACUUUAAUUUUUUAAAGCAAAUUACCUGAAGAACCUUCCUCCUUCCUAAAAUGAAAGACCAAAAAGAAACACAGGUAACUUUAUGAUUACGGUAAUUUUGAAAUAGGGAUGUGCAUUGACAAUAAUUUGAGGUAUCUACAACAAUUAUAAGAUCUGUAAUUUCCUAUGGGGACAUAGUCACAAUUGUUAGUGUAAUUGUGGUUGGUUGCUUAUAUUAAAAUUGACAUACUCAAUUUCAUUAGAGAUUUGUGAAAAUAAGGGUAUACUUUCUUCUUCCACUCAAGUUCAUGUUCUGAGGUUAAGUAAACAAGAGAGUAGCCAUCUAGCCAAUUGGAUAUCACCAAGAUUGCAAACUUCAUUCCUUUGGCUAUCUAUUUUAACUGUGUCCAUCAAGUCUUCAUUUUGUUUUGUUCAGUGUGAUCAAAGGCUUAGUUUCUCAAAUCUAAUUAAUAUAGAUGAAAUAGGAACCAUUAGAUAUUUUGAAAGCUUAAGAUAUAACUUUUAAAUGAUCUUUCUUUGGAGUUUCAAAUGCCAAGGUGAAUUACCUGAAUUUCCAAGUAAUCCAAGCAAAGGAACAAUAAUCACAGCAGCAGUGCCUGUGGUGAAGGAAAAAAAGAGGAAAACUGCACCAAAUCAAUUGCUGUGGAGAAUUUACUUCAUCACUCAGCAAAAGUCUAC